AAUCUUGGUUUUUUUUUCGGCUUCGUAUUUUUGUUCCUGUGUCAAAACCGCUAGCUAGUUAAAUACCGAGGCUUAUUAGCUAUCCUUGGUUGAAACACGCUACCAUUACAAGAGACGUAAUAUAUUUGUUUAUUGACAUUUAUCGACAUUACUGAACCCGAUAAUAAACUUCUAGAGGCGAGAAUCUAACCAGGCCAACAGUAAAGUUAGCGUUGGCCAUCUUGUUCUGGCUAAGUUAACGUUAGCUGCUUUUUUAAUUUUAACUUUAGCUCGCCAAACAGACUCAUUGAGUUUGGGGUUGUUUUUAAUUAAAUAGACAAUGCUUUUUGUGUAUUAAUUUAAAAGGUUGUAGUUAAUUUGAGUUAUGUUGGACCCUGUCACUGUCCUGGAGCGGUACUAGCUUAAGUGUGAGUUAUUCUACAGCUAGCUAGCGUUAGCAUUAAACCCCACCGGCCUCGGAACAAACUGCUGUUUGGACUGGUUCAGCUUCACCGUGGUUUCAUUACAGGCGAUAUGAACUCGAAUGUGGAAAACUUGCCUCCCCAAGUUUUGAGACUGGUGUAUAAAGAAGUGGCAGCACUAGCAGCGGACCCGCCAGAGGGUAUCAAAAUUUACCCCAGUGAGGAAGACAUCACAGAACUACACACUGCCAUCGAGGGGCCAGAAGGGACACCAUAUGCAGGAGGAGUGUUCAGAAUGCGCUUGGUCUUGGGCAAGGAUUUUCCUGCUGUACCACCCCGGGGCUAUUUCCUGACCAAGAUUUUUCAUCCAAAUGUUGGACACAAGGGUGAGAUCUGUGUCAAUGUACUGAAGAGAGACUGGAAGGCAGAACUCGGCCUCAGGCAUGUACUGUUGACCAUUAAAUGCCUACUGAUCCACCCGAAUCCAGAGUCGGCUCUGAAUGAGGAGGCCGGGAGAUUACUGUUGGAGGACUAUGCAGAAUAUGCCUCACGUGCCCACCUGCUGACCGAGAUCCAUGCUAUGGGAGGAAGUUCGGGAGCUCCGGAGCCAGGCGACGGACCACAGCCCAAGAAACAUGCAGGAGAUCCGAGCAAACGUGCAAUUACAGCUAGCGCUGCAAAUACAAUUGCUACAGCCAACGGCAUAAAUGGUAGCAGUGCCAGUGGCACAAGCAGUAGCAAUAAUACUGGAGUCGCUAAAAAGAAAACGGACAAAAAACGAGCUUUGAGGCGACUAUAAUAAUGAAUAAUCCUUUUGUUUCUUUAUUUUUGUCAAUAUAAAUAUUGAAUUGAGACCAUAUUUUCCUCCUUUUUAUGAUUUCUGUUUUAGAAAAUUAUCUCUGCUUUUUAUUGUUUUGUGAUUUAGCCUUGUACAUGAAUUCCUUUUAUUACGGUUUGUUUUAUCCGCACUCUGCUCUCAGGUUUAUGACUUUCAUGAGGACAAUGUAGAUUACACAUGGAAAAGGAACAGUUUUUUUUUUUCUUCCAAGCAUGUAUUUAUGUCCCCAGAUCAUCUCAUAAGGAACAUUUUAUCAAUAUAUCAGUAUUUUGCCCCAUGACCCUCUUUAAAGGGCAGAAUGAAAAUUUCUCACAGUUCUAAGAUAUUAAAAUAAUUUCAAAUUAAAAUAUAACACCAGCUUUUAAAAAAGGGAAAGAAAGAGUUCUCUAGAUAUCAAUCAACCUGUUUGUUAUUUGGCCAAUACUUGCGGCAGUAUGCCAUGCAUGCAUAGGACACUUCCUACAGAAGUUGGUAAAGUAAUUUCACUGAUUGUCUAAGUGGAAAAGUACUGCCAGGGUUCAUUGGUUAAGUUUUGGUAACACACUUUAUCAGGCAACUGGUCUCUACGUGCUCCACAGAUCUUUAAUUAAACACGAGAAAAAUAAAUUAAUGUAAUGUCUAAGUGUUUCACAGGCACUAGAUUGGUGAGUAAGUUGAUGGUUUAUAAAGUGGUCUAAAGAGUUUCAUUUGCUUUACUUGCAUAGCAUUUAAGACUGUCUAAUGUCCCUUUAUCAAUAAGUGGAGUAAUUUUUAUAGAUUUGGUUGUUUAAAUUGAGUGAUUCAUAGGUGACUCCAUGGUUAUGCCAUUCUAGGCUAAUCUAAUUUGUAAUAUCUAUUAGGUAUGAAGUGCAACUUUGUCCCUUUAUAAUAUUUCACAGCAGUGUAGUGUGUUAUUAGAUGAAGUUCGGAAAGCCUAGAAUGGGUUAAUAUGUGGUCUGAAUAUAACUUUAAAAUGUGCUUGUGUCUUUUUCCAUGUAUUUGUGCUUUUAUGUUGUCUGUUCUACACAUUUUCCAGUUUAAACCAUGGGUGUGUGUUACCAGUUUUCACUCCCUGGCUUUUGUCAGAGAUCAUGCCCAUGAACCUCAAGAGGCAAGUCUCAUGAAAAAAAUAAUUUUUAUAUAUAUCUAGAAUGAGACAGUCCCUUUUCAUCUGAAGACACAUUUGCGCUCUUCAACAAUCCUUGUACACCUUUUUUAGUUUUUAAUCCAAUAAUGUGACUUGUUUUAAAAAUGUUCUAGUUAUAAUGCCCCUUAAACGUGUGUAAAUUAGAGCUGAUUUCUAGCGAUGUUGCUCUUGGUGAGGGAAUGUCUCAUUUUUGUCACUCUUGUAUCGCUGCAUUUGCGUUCAAUGCACAUCCAGCGAUGUCCGUUUUGUGGGGGGCCUAUGGUUCCCACGAAAGCUCUAUUUUAAUGGCUCUGGGCUCUGCUAAGACCAUGCAUACGGGUAACCUUUUACCAUUUUGUGAGGUUCGGUGUGGGCUUAGGGGCAGUUGUGUCCAUUUAAGUUAUUUAAAUUAAGAAUAAAGUAUCUUCUGUUACAUA